UCUCACUAGUCUCUCUUCUAAGUUCUAAUUAUUGUUACAAUUACAAAAACCCUAAUUAAGCUGAUUUUGAUUUUUGAAAAUCAACUACCAGCCAUGAGCGUAGAAAUCAUAGACGGCACCACCAUCACCAACUUCGUGGAAGACGAGGAGGCCUUCUCUGCGUCAGUGAGCGACCUCUUCGCUCAACUGGACGCGGACAAAGACGGCUUUCUGUCUUACACGGAGAUGGUGAAGGAACUGCAGAGGCUGAGGGUGAUGGAGACGCACUUCGGCGUGGACGUGAAGCGCGAACCGGAGGAGGUGGCGCGUGUGUACGAGUCGCUGUUCGUGCAAUUUGACCACGACAUGAAUGGGAGGAUAGAUAAGAAUGAGUUCAAGAAGGAAACAAAGAAAAUGCUUCUGGCCAUGGCGAACGGGCUUGGAUCAUUGCCGGUUCAGAUGGCACUUGAACAUGAUAGUCUUCUCUUGAAGGCUGUCAAACGUGAAUAUUCAUAUGCUGCUUCUGCUAAUAAUAAUCUUCUUGCAAAUGCUGCUUAAAUAAAUAAAUCUUUGUUUUAUAUUAUUCUUCAUUUUUGUAUCGAAGGAGUGAACGUGCAAUACAUGAUAUAUUGAAUGUUGUUCCCAAUACUUUUUCA